AUGACUCUCAAUUUCUUUCUGAAUGGAGAAGUCUUGUAUAAGAGGACUCCAGAUUUGGGUCUAUUAAGAUGCGUAGAUGCUGCUAAAGCUGUGAGGCUUAUUGAACAGAUAUAUGCUGGAGUUUGCGGCACGCAUAUGAAUGGGCUUACUUUGACAAGAAAGGUUCUUCGAGCCGAAUCCAUCAUUACUGAUAACGGUGCAAAUCACAACAGUCAUCUGAUGAAAGAGAUAUGUGAAAAAUUUAAGAUUAUUCAUCGAAGGUCAACUGCUUAUCGCCCUCAAAUGAACGGAGCUAUAGAGGCCGCCAACAAGAAUAUCAAAAAGAUUUUGAGAAAAAUGAUCGACAAACAGCGAGGUUGGCAUGAAAUGUUUCCAUACGCUCUACUGCGUUAUCGAACGAUGGUCAAAACAUCGACUGGGGCUACUCCAUACUUUCUAGUAUAUGGAACAGAGGCAGUCGUGCCAGUUGAAGUCGAGAUACCGUCAUUGAGAAUCUCCAAGAAGCUGAAUUAA